AUGGAAUCUCCUGACAUCUCCGUCAGUGGCACGUUCAACAUCCGAGGUCGAGAUUACAUCAUCAGCCUGGAGUGUCGAGGGAAUGAGUCCAUGACGGUGCAGGUUGAGGACAGGCUGUCGUCAGACCAGUGGAGGGCUGCCUUUGAUGCUCGGUAUGUUGAAGAUCAGACUCACAAAACAGGCAACUUCAAACAGUUCAACAUUUUUGUCAGCAUGUUAGAAUCAGCCAUCUCUAAGACCAGCGAAAGUGUGGCCCUCGAUUUGUUAACCUACAGUGACGUAGAAGCCCUGCGACAAAGGAAGAAUGGUGCAGCAUCGUCUGUGAAACCCAGCAACACUACAUCUCGGGCUAACCACAUCACAUCGAAACGGUUUCUCAUUCUGACAUACACAGUAGAGUUUGAUCGGAUACAUUAUCCUCUUCCACUGCCUUUUGUUGGGAAACCAAACCCUCAAGUGUUGCAAGAAGAAAUCCGAACUCUGAAAGCCGAAGUCACAAAGUUGAAACAAAGCCAUCCCUUUGAUGAUAGAAGAAUGGAGAAGUUGCUCAGAGACUAUAGAAAGCUAGAGCGAGAGAAGAAUGAUCUGGAGCAAGAAUUUGCGGCUUUCAGAAGAGAGGUCCGUUCAACCACAGGAAACAGUUCAGUUCAGGAUGUCAGAGCUCUAAGAACUCUGGUUCGAAACCUGGAGGAGCAGCUGAUGAAGGAGAAGAACCAGCAUCAAAGAUUGGCCAGUAAAAGGAGUCAAGAGUACCGGGAUCUGCUUGAGGAGGUGGAGGAGCUGAGAGCAUCCGAGAGGAAUCUUCGAGUCAGGGUGAAGAGUUUGACCAGUGAGUUGGCACUGUACAAACGAGGAAGGCCACUGACAAGGAGGGCCUCCAAAGAGCAGAAUGGUCUAGUAGACAGAGUACCUGGAGCUCGUAACCUGUCUUCUUCUCGACAGCGAUCACUGUCCAAUGAUCGAGCAUCCAGCAGAUCUGGGUCAGAGAGCAGACUUCGAGCAGGAUCUCGAGAGCGCCCUCAGUUUAUACGCAGGUCAAACUCUACAGAGCAUGUAUCUCGUUCUUUACUGAAUGGCAGUGGUCCUAGGCCAAGGUCCAAUUCUUUUGACCGUAACAAUUCAGCCAAUCGUAGUCGCUUAUCAGCCGGUUCAGGAAGUCAUCGCAGUCGUACACCAUCUCCAAUUGUGUCUAGAAGAUUUAACCCAACAGCCUUCGUCAAAGAGAAAGAGAGAAAACAGAAAGAAGCAGUCUUAAAACAACAUCGAGAGCACAGGGCUAAUGUGUCUGGAAUCUCGUCACGGUCAAAACAAUCGGGAAAUUCGAGCAAAAACUCUGGCUACAGUUACAAAAGGUCACGUGACAAUUCACUACGGAGCGAAGGAAAUCUCACUGACGGAUACAGCUCAGAAGGCUCCUACACAGCAGUGUCAAGAGCAGAAGCUACCCGCCCUCCCAGAGGAAAGUCUACAAAACAAUAUCCUUUGCAACAUGU